AUGGUCGCAUGGGGUCGCAGUGCGACAGCAGCCGUGUUCGGGAUAGGUAAAGGUCGGCAUUCCCAAGGAGGUGCCGAUGGUGGGAAAGGCGGGUUACCACUAACGUUUUCGGAUAGCGAUCGGUGGAAGACGAGCAAUGGGUGCGGUUUCGCCGUGCUGGUAACCCGACGAUGGGAGUCGCUGCUGGUGUGGGCGAGCAGUGGCGGAAUUCGCUGGCUGGUCGCAGGCUUGGCUGUCGCUAUCAUGGUCUCCAAGGCCCUUGCCGUGUGGCUGCAAUGGCUGCUGAUCGGCCCCACUGCAUCCUUUGGAUCAGACACCGCCAACUUCCCCCUCUACUCCGAGGUGGCUCGAUGGUAUGCGAGCGGCGUCACGGCCGUGCUUGCACUCAUCGCCAAUAAGCUCUUGGGUCGUCCCAUACUAUCGCCAGUCCCCAUCUAUUCCUUUGCUGGCGCUGGUGCUGCCAUCACCAUAACGGCACUCUGGUUCCCCCCGGCAUCAGAGGCAGCGCGCGUGCUGCUGCCCUCAGCCACGCCGCUCUACCUCUGGCCGCCUGCCAGCAUGGGCGUGCGCUACUGGUGGUGGAUAGGACCCCUAGCCGUGCCCAUAUUCACCUUCCUCUUAUUCUGCUCUGACGGCCUAGCAGUGGCACUGCAGGAGCGAGUCUUUCUGCAGUACGACCUGCCUGUCACCUCCCUGGUGCUCUAUGUUUCCACGUCCGCUUUAUUCGUCGACUUCUGGGCAUUUGCCUUCAGUGACCAUUUCGACCGCGCCUUUGGCUUCGUGUUUGACUGCCCGCAGUGCCUGCUCUACCUCGUGCUCGCCUCUGUGCCAUCAGCUUUGGCAGCAUUUUUCACGGCGCUGCUGCUAAGAGUCUCUGGCGGACUCGUCUCCUCUCUUGUCUCACGGGUUAUCAUAAUCCUCCUGCUCUUCCCUCUCGACCCCUUUGCACCGCUCUGGAAAGUGCCUCAAAUCCUGACGGGCGUGGUAAGCACAAUGAGGGGCCUUCUUAGCCCUGUGGGCAUGGCGAGACCUGAUAGGGAGGUGUUCCGAGAGAGUGUUUGGGCGCACUGGACUCUGGUCCUCUUCGCACCUUUUUGGUCCGCAUCUUGA